AAUUUUAGGCGAGGGCGCCCCUUCAACCACCAUUCGGGAAUUGCAGUCGGCGAUGGGCCGCUGCCUAGUCGCCCUGCUGCUGACGACCUCUGCCUCCGUGGUUGGCGUCCCUCAUUUCGAUCCGACGGCGCCCUUUCGCGGCAUCCUGGUGCCUGCAGAUGCUGUCGUGGGCGCCGUCGUCUACCGUCUUCGCGCCUCCGAUGACGGUUUCCACUACCCGCUCCGGUUCCGGGUUCUGCACGGGGGCAGCGACGGUGCCAUUGAUGUUGAUGCAUUGCCAUGCACCAGGUUCAACUCGGUUUGCCAAGCCAACGUGAUAUUACGGAAACGCCUUGAAAUUGGUCGUUUCUAUGACUUCACUGUUGAGGUCGCCAACCAGAGAAGCGAGUUUGCCAGACUAAAUUGUUCAUUCCGUGCCACAAAUGCGACUACUCCACUAGAUAAGAUAUUUCCAGGUGCACAGAGUAUAUUCACAGUCUCAGAAGCUGCAAGAAGAAACACAGAAUUGGGUGCGAUCAUAGCGAAAGGUAGUCCUGACAGUCAAAAACCAGUAUUGUUGGAACUAUGGGGAUCUCCGGAGUUCGGUCUGCACCAAAAAGUAAUCAACGAAAAAGAUGCAGAAGGUACUAUUGUACUGCUUCGGACGUUGGACUAUGAGAAGAAAACUAUACAUCAAUUGCUUUUGCUUGCCAACGAUCCAUGGACUAACACAACGGAAGAUACCCGCAACAUAGCCGGUUGGCCAGUGCUGAUAAGCGUCCUGGAUGUCCAGGAUACUCCGCCCGUCUUCACGGCUGCUCCACCCACCACACAACUGCCUGACGGUCUAAAGUCAGGUGACCAAGUGUUAAGGGUGAGAGCAGAAGACGGUGACAGGGGAAACCCCCGGGAAAUUCGGUACACCCUGCGACAACAGGAACAGGACGUGCCUGAGGGGUAUUUUGAUAUAGACGAAAGGACUGGUGAAAUCCGUCUCGCCCGCCCGUUAUCCACCCUGCCCAUCUUGGACACCCGCCCUUUACUUCUAACCGUAGUAGCCGAAGAAGUCCGCGAGGACCCUUCAGAACCAGCUGCCCAAUCCACUGCUGUCCGCCUCGCAUUGUUGCCACCUUUAGAUGGCCGCCCACUACCGCCCACCCCGCGGCCGCCCUUGGAACCACCCUCAUUUGCCGCCCCUUUUUAUAUGGGGGAAGUCGAGGAGAACGCUGUGGUUGGAGCGAUGGUCGAGAUCCAUGGAAAGGCAGAAGUGAAUGUGCCGCAGGGGGUUGUGGUUGCGUUGGAGCUUAGGGGGAAUAAUGGUACAUUCGACAUAUCUCCUGCAGUAAUUGAAGGCCACUCCUCGUUUCAACUGUCAGUUCACGACUCAAAAUUGCUGGACUAUGAGGAACGAAGAUCAGUAGAGUGCUUCAUAGUUGCCAGAGAAAUUGGAGCCAGAAAUGCUACAACGGAAACUAAGCUCACCGUUCUUGUCAACGAUAUCAACGACAAUCCUCCCAAAUUCAUCUUGGAUACAUUUCAGGGUACCGUCAAAGAACAUGCUUCUAUCGGCACCACAGUACUGACAGUGAACGCUGUUGAUGAGGACAUGGUUGGAAGCAAAGUGAGAUUCACUAAACUUACCGGUGAUGGCAAUGACUUAUUUAAGUUGGAUCCAGACACAGGUGUCAUAUCUGUAGCUAACUCUGCCAAACUGGAUGCAGAAUCCAACGCUGUUAUCAGUCUGACAGUUGAAGCAGCUGACGAAAACGGAGAAGGCCUCUCGUCGACUGCAACUGUUGUCAUAAGCCUCAUUGAUAUCAACGAUCAAACACCCUACUUCGAAAAGACCGUAUAUGAGUUUAUUCUGAAUCCUGAAAGAACUGCCUUCACAAAUCCGGCAUUUCUUACAGCAAAAGAUGACGAUGCUUCGUCUCCUAACAACGAAGUCCACUACGAAAUUAUUAACAAGCCGGAUAACUUGCAGAUCGAUGAAAACACUGGCGAAAUACUUGUAAAAGGGAAGUGGGAAGAAACCAGAAUAUUGGUUCUAAGAGCCAGAGCUUGGGAUGGCGGUGUUCCAAGGCUUUACAACGAGACUGAAGUUAGAAUUUAUCCACCCGAUGGUCAAGCUUGGAAGAUGAAAUUUAUAGUACCGGGAAAGUACCCAGACAGAGGAAGUGUCAGUGAAACAAUAAGAACUUUAACUGGGGCUAAUGUUAGUAUAGAUAGGAUAAGGCCUUUUACUGGACACGAGCCUGAAGCUACCUAUGUUACAGCUGACCAAGACCAGGAAAAAAGUGUAGUGGAGGCAACAUUAACCUAUUCGAAAAACUCUGUCGUGGACUUCAACAAAAUCAAAGAAAUCGUGAAUAACAAAAUAGAGCAAAAUAAAGUUCUCCGUGAAAGAGAGAUCAUCAGAAUAAAGGAGAGCAACAGUACUGGACUCUUGGGCUUCCUCAUCUUACUAUUCAUUUUGCUUCUCAUUGCUCUAAUCACACUUAUACUCUGUUGCUUAUGCAAACAGUGUCCACUAUACGGAUACGUACUGUACAAGAAAAACAAAACACCGAUCGUAGAAAAAGUCGUGAAGAUUGAUCAGAUACAGACCGUGGCCAGUGAACGAGAUAAAGAAAGUAAAUCCGUUCAGGUUGCAGAAUGGUUCGGAAGAAGAGAAGCUUGGACACCAGAAGCAACCAUGGUCGAAGCGGAAGUAGAUUCAUUAAGGAGGCAUGAAAUGGAGCGAGGCUCAGAUCGUGGAGGAGGCAAGAGGAGCUACAGGCAAAAUCAGGUUCAUCACGAACCUUUACGUGAUCAGUAUUACAUUAGGGAAGGAAAUACUGAUAUCCUAAGAUUAGUCACCAGGGGUGGGGAGCAACAACAAAGGCCUAUCACUUUAGUCGCGGAUAAUCAUUAUAUGGUUGACAGUGGCAAGGAUAUACUUAUGAGGAGAUAUAUUGACCAACAACAGACUGAAGCAGCUAGGGCACAGGUAUUGCUACCAAAUGCAGUUGAUAAGAUUCAGAGUGACCGCGAGCUUAUAGAAGCAUCUUUGAGACAACAAAAUGCCUUACUGAGACAAAUUCUCUUGGAGCGAGAACGUGAUUUGAGACUGGAGACUCAAUCAUUGCCCGCAGGAACACAGACAGAUCAGGACGCUGAAACUCAAACAGAACCGCAAUAUCUUAGACCUCCAGUGAGAAAAGUAAGGUCAGACAACGAUCAAAGUGACCUCAGUGAAGAUGACGAUGAUGAGAUAGCUAUAAUCAGAGCCAAGGCUAAGAGGCGGCAUGCCCAGAAAGUACAUUUGAGAAGGAAGAUCAAGACACCAAUUCAGGAAGAAGUAGAGUUAGAAAUUGUAGAAAGGCCGCAGAAGGUGAGAUAUAAAGAAAAGGAACCAACGUUCAAAAUGACCAAAACUAGCAGAUUAAGGCAGAAAAUAGCUUCCAGUGAGGUCAGAUCCUCACAAUCUAGGUCACAGUCUAGAUCCCAGUCCAGAUCGCAUUCAAGGUCACAAUCUCGAUCUCAUUCUAGGUCUCAAUCAAGACCUGCAUCCAGAUCGUCAAGGAAUGGGCUGAAGAAAGAGGUAUUACGAGAGAUCACCGCUUCAUUGGAACACAGUGCUAAUAGUGAUGAAGAUAGAAAGUAUUACAGUGAAACAAGGGAGUCUAAUGAAAUUUACUCGGACGACAGCUUGGAAAUAAGCCCAAGGUCAGAUAAAACAACCGACUCGAAACAAAAGUAUCAUUCUGAGUCCGAUCUAAGAGCCUUCUCAUCCCAAAGUCAAAUAAAUUCAUCUGAAAGUCGCACGAAAGAGCGGCAGAAGUCUCAGAGCACCACAGAUCUAAGUAAAGCAAGCAACGAGGCUAAGAAGGUGGUGAAGAAAAAACGUCGUACAUCGAGGUACAUGGAGUGGUAUACCAAGAAACAUGAGCCUACGAGCAAAAAGCCUGCACCUAAGGUCGUGAAGGCUAAUGGAGUUGAUCCAAUUAUUGGUUCCAGACUAUUGAAAGAAACUGAGUCGAGUUCGAGGAAAAAAGUUGAUGGUAAAAAAAACUCCAAAGGUCCCGAGCAUCCUCUACUACAACAUUCAGAACACCGGUUCGAGGCGCGAUACCCUCUAAUCCAAAACCAAAACCAAGGGCAGAGUAGGAGACCAGAAGAGGAUACAGACUCGGGAAUAGCAUUGACCAGGCCUCCGAUAGCCGAGAAGAAAAGUGUCUUCACAAUCGCUUACAACGAUAUGCACACCAGUCAACUCAGACCUGACAGCAUUACGUCGCCUUAGCAACAGCUUAGAAGCUGAUUAUAGAUUAGUGGUUAGUGGUUAGGGAUUUUGAGGUCAUAAAAAUUCAGAAUGUGAGGAUUUGCAAUUUCAUCGGUCUAUUUCAUCACUCCUGAAUUUUGCAAAGUUUUUAAUGAAACUGACCUGAGAAAACUGAGCCAUUAAAGCAUAUGAAAUCAAGCUGAAGAAAUACUCCCACUUUCUUAUUCUGCAAUUCCAUUUUAGGGUAAUUGUUGUACAACGGCUGUAAUCAUCUUUUUGGUGGAACAAAUGCCUGUUUUAACUACUUCGUUAACGACAAUUUUGUCUAUAACGAGAGUAAGGAUAUGUCACUUAUACAGUGUUUUUCAAAAAGGCUCCCUCCACUAGUUUUUGGAAGGAGUCAAGUUAGCAAAAGGUGAUACUUGAACAUUUCUUCGAACAUAUUUUUUAAUGGACUGUGUAUUUAAUAUCUCAUCUUGAAGCUCCUUACCAGUAGUUAUUGGUCCUAUAAUAUUAAUAUAUUUCAAAGUCCGGACUGGGAUUUUGUUAAGCUGAACAAUUAGUCAUUGAAACGUUAUGGUGCUAGCUUAUUUUUUUUGAAGUGUCUUUUUGGAUGUGUAAUAAAAUAUGUGACAACCGGUUUAGAAAAAUUGACAGAUUUUUACAUAGUUUAAUAGCGAAACGUUGCAUAUUUUAUUACUAAUUCGGCUAGAUCCUCGCAAGAGAAGAUUAUUGUUAUACUAUAGGAUUUUGAUGACUGGUUAAUGCAAUGAAUAAGAUGUUUUUGUCCGUUAAAUAUUUCCAAUCGGAAACAUUAUUAAUGUAUAAGUUUUUAGUUCAUUUUAUUAACAGCUGAAUAAAAGCC